UGCAGCUACUCCACAUAGUAGACGUCAUUGCUUUGAAUCUAUAUAUAUUCAUGGUAACAGGUACCGUUACAUAUUUUUUACUUCAACUACAAAACUUUCAAGGACUCAACAACCAUGGGUUCUACUUCAGCAGCCAAUAAACUUACCUCCCGUCAUCCCCUUCAACGUCUUCCCUCCCCCUCUCCGACGAUCUCCGCCCUCGUUCAUUUCAUCGGCCUUGCUUCCUUUUCUCUUUCUUAUAAAUAUCUUUUUGACUUCCCAACAUUCAUCAAUUCCUCAUAUGGCUGGCAUUUCCAAUACCUCACCAUCAUUGGUCUUACUCUAGCUUUCUUGACAUUUGUCUUCGGUUUCCUCGCAGACAUCACUCUUUCCCCAAGACUUUUCUUGAUCAAGAAUUCUCUUUCAUUAUGUUCUGCCCCUUUGGAAGUUUUGAUCUCCGUGUUGUAUUGGGGAAUCUCGGCUAUUGACAAGAAGCUUUUGGUGCCUCCCGAGAUCUAUAUUAGUCCAUAUGCUGAUAUCGGGUUCCACGCUAUGCCAGCGAUCUUGUUGACUAUUGAUCUACUAUUUUUGAGUCCACCAUGGACCAUUAAUGCAUUGCCUGCUAUGGGACUUUCAUCAACCUUGGCCGUUGCAUACUGGGCUUGGGUAGAACAAUGUUAUAAGUAUAAUGGAUUUUACCCAUACCCAUUAUUUGGACAUCUUGAUACAACACAGAGAGCAAUUUUGUUCACUGGAGCUGCCUUGACGAUGACUGGUAGUACCGCAGUGCUUAAGUGGCUAUAUGGAAGAGUCAAUGGUUUGCAGGGUGCUCAAUAUAGAAGCAGCCUCAACAAUAUCAAGGGGAAAUAAGCUUAUCUUUAUAGACGUUUUUGUCAAAAGAAAGAUAGAUACUGAUUUAUGGAUUUGGGUAGCUGCGAUUUUCUGUAUCGUUCAUAUAUCUACUUGGUACUCGAACUUUAGAAGAUUACUACAAUUUGACCAUGUUGAUUG